AAGAAGGAAUCCUGAAAGGCACAUUCUCAACUCCUCUCCCAAUUUCAAUCCUCGACCUAGAACUUCUUCCUCUCCUAAUAAAAAAUCAAAAUCGAUUGACCCGAUUUCCAAAACCAAUGGAUCCGGAAUUCUGUUAUCCGAAACCCGAAUCAACUAUUUUCCCAAUUCACAAGCCCUACCUGUGAUGUUGAGAUACAUGGCAAUCCCUAAAUUGAUUUCCUCACCUUCCGUAUACGCGCCUCAGUCGUCGCCGGGGAUGGAUUCCACGCUCUCUCCGCCGCCCUCCGGCGGAGAUGGAGACUUCGAUUUCGGUACAGCAUGGUACGGCAACAUACAGUACCUGCUUAACAUCUCCGCCAUCGGAGCCCUCACAUGUCUCCUCAUCUUUGUGUUAAUUAAGCUUCGCAGCGACCACAGGCGCAUGCCGGGGCCCACCGCUAUCGUCUCCAAGCUCCUCGCUGCCUGGCACGCCACCGGCGGUGAGAUCGCCCGCCACUGUGGUGCCGACGCCGCCCAGUUCCUCAUCAUUGAAGGUGGAAGCUCCGGCAUUCUUCUAUUCCUCGCGAUUCUGGCCGUCGCUGUGAUGCUUCCGCUGAAUAUGUACGCUGGGAAGGCUCCAAUUGCUGAUCAGUUCUCCAAAACUACUAUCAAUCAUAUAGAAAAAGGUUCGCCUUUGCUCUGGAUUCACUUUAUUUUUGUUGUAGUUGUCGUUCUCUUCGUGCAUCACGGUAUAAAUCAACUUCAACUGAGGUUGAAAGUAACUAGGUUUAGAGAUGUGUAUGGUAAUCCGAGUCAACCAAGUGCAAAUUCUAGUGCAAUUUUUACUAUAAUGGUACAGGGCAUACCUAAAACGUUAGGGUUUGAUAAGACACCAUUGGUGGAUUAUUUUCAGCACAAGUACCCUGGCAAAGUAUAUAGAGUAAUUGUGCCUAUGGAUUUGUGUGCAUUGGAUGAUUUAGUUACAGAAUUGGUGAAAGUUCGGGAAGACAUUUCUAAAUUGGUAGCACAGAUUGAGUCCCGGGGCAUGUUUGGUGAGGCCGAGGAUGAUGAUAUUGGAGGGGGUGAAAGUGGUUUACUGGAGAGGUUGUGUGACAUAUGGAGGAGAUGCAAAGAGUUAUGGUAUCAAGUUGCUAAUCAGCUGGGUUUCUCAUAUGAGGAGAGAUUGAGAAAGUUGCAAGAAUUGAGGGCUGAUCUGGAAAUGGAAAUGGCAUCCUACAAAGAUGGACGAGCCCGGGGAGCUGGGGUCGCGUUUGUGGUCUUUAAGGAUGUAUAUACAGCUAAUAAGGCAGUUCAGGAUCUUCGCAAUGAGAAGAGAAGGCGAUAUGGAAGAUUCUUUUCUGUCACAGAGUUGCAACUUCAGAGAAACCAGUGGAAAGUAGAGAGAGCCCCCCUGGCAACUGACAUAUAUUGGAAUCAUCUGGGAUCUACAAAGUUCUCACUGAAAUUACGCAGGGUGUUUGUAAAUACAUGCCUGCUGUUGAUGCUUUUGUUUUGCAGUUCCCCCCUUGCCAUCAUUAGUGCCAUUGAGAGUGCAUGGAGAAUAAUUAAUGCAGAGGCAAUGGAUAAUGCACAGAUGUGGCUUGCUUGGGUGCAGAGCUCAAGCUGGUUUGCUGCCAUAGUCUUUCAGUUUCUGCCUAAUGUUCUUAUUUUUGUUAGCAUGUACAUCAUCAUCCCAUCAGUUCUAUCUUAUCUUUCUAAAUUUGAACGACAUCUUACUGUGUCUGGAGAGCAAAGAGCGGCAUUAUUGAAAAUGGUUUGCUUCUUUCUUGUAAAUCUUAUUCUACUUAGAGCUCUCGUGGAGUCCUCACUUGAGAGUGCACUUUUAAAGAUGGGCCAAUGUUAUUUGGACGGGCAAGAUUGCAAAAGGAUUGAGGAGUAUAUGAGUUCUUCUUUUUUGACCAAGACAUGCCUCUCAUCUCUUGCAUUCUUAAUCACGAGCACUUUUUUGGGUAUAUCUUUCGAUUUGCUGGCGCCAAUACCCUGGAUCAAGAAGCGGCUUCAGAAGUUCAGGAAAAAUGACAUGGUUCAGCUAGUACCAGAACGCAGCGAGGAUUAUCCAUUAGAAAAUCAAGAUGUAGAUACUCUGAGCAGGCCCUUAAUUUCUGAAAGGACAUCAUAUGUGGUUUCUGGUGAGGUUGGGAAUGGGAUUCUCCGUGAUUCCUCUCAACAUGACAUCGAUUUCCCUGCACAAAAUCUGUCUGAAUAUCCUCCAGUCAGCCGAACCUCCCCUGUCCCCAAACAGACAUUUGAUUUUGCACAAUAUUAUGCUUUUAAUCUGACGAUAUUUGCCCUGACCCUGCUCUAUUCUGCAUUUGCUCCACUUGUGGUUCCCGUGGGUGGAAUUUACUUCGGAUACAGAUAUGUUGUUGACAAGUACAACUUCCUCUUCGUCUACAGAGUCCGAGGAUUCCCUGCCGGUAACGAUGGGAGCUUGAUGGAUAGAGUGUUGUGUAUCAUGCGCUUCUGCGUCGUCUUAUUCCUCCUAUCAAUGCUGCUGUUCUUCUCAGUUCGCGGAGACUCCACAAAGCUUCAAGCUAUUUUCACACUAUUGUUGCUUGUAGCUUACAAAUUGUUGCCCAGUGAUAACGACGGUUUUGAGCCAGCUUUAUUGCAAGGCAUACAGACUGUCGACAACAUUGUUGAUGGACCCAUUGAUUAUGAGGUGUUCUCACAACCUGCAUUUGAAUGGGAUUCUUAUGCUCAAUGAUAUAUGUGCUUUUUAGUUUCUUCUUGUCAGUUUGUAUAUAUGAUCUCUUCUUUUAUAGCAUUUGCUUCCUCA